ACCAGCGCAAGUGGUUGAAAUUGAUUUGUCAUUGUUUGCGCAGGACGGAAAUUUACACGCAAGUUCCUUUCAAUCCUUCUUUCACCGCUACUACCACCACCUCUCGACUCAGCAUCUUCAUUCCUCCCAUUUGUGGUGGUCCCUCCCUGGCCUUUUCCCUGUGGUACCUCCUUGGCCGUUCAUGGUGGUUCCUGCCUGGCCGUUUGUGGUGGUUCCUCCCUGGCCGUUUGUGGUGGUUCCUCCCUGGCCUUUCCUCAUGGUUCCUUCCUGGCCGUUUGUGGUGGCCCUUCCUUUCCUUGUGGCCCUUCCUUUCCUCGUGGUUCCUUCCUGGCCAUUCGUGGUGGUCCGUCCUUCCCUCAUGGUUCCUUCCUCUGGCCGUUCAUGGUGGUCCUUUCCUUUCCUUUCCUCGUGGCUCCUUGCUGGCCUUUUUUCAUGGUUCCUUGCUGACCUUGGUCCCUCCUUUCAUUCAUCUCUCCGCUAUCUUUUCCUCUUUUCUUUUUGUCCUGUAACUACAUAUGUAGUAUUUAAAUAUAAAUAAAAUUAAUUUGCUUCACAAAA